AUGGCACCUUCCCUCCUGUCGAAUUUUGAAGUUGGCAAAAGGUUGGAAGGUAAAGUAGCAUUGAUUACUGGUGCAGCUGAAGGUUUUGGCGCUUGCAUAGCGAGGGUUUUCGUCAACCAUGGAGCCAAAGCUAAUUGGGUCAAUCUGUUUGGUGACAAUUUGGGUUCUCAAAAUGCAACCUUCAUCUACGGUGACGUGACCAAUGAAGUGGACAUGGAAAAUGCGAUAAACCCGACGAUUGAGAAACAUGGGAAACUGGAUAUCAUGAUCAAAAAUGCCGGCAUCGUAGAUGAUCCGAAACCUAAAAUCCUCGACAACCAUCUCUCUGAUUUCGAACGCGUGAUGCGUGUGAAUGUGGCCGGAGUUUUCUUAGGCAUCAAACACGCUGCCCGGGCGAUGAUCUCGGUGAAAAGUAGCACCAUCAUCAACUUGGGCACCAUCAUUAACUCCUCAUGGUUAUUGCAGUUCCAAGCAUGCUGUUGUAGGGUUGACCAAGAACGCAGCUGCGGAGCUCGGGAAGCAUGGGAUAAGGAUGGAGAAACAAGAGCAAUCACAACUCUUGAAGGCGUGGUUCUGCAGCAAGAAGAUUUGGCGGAUGCUGCGGUUUAUAUGGCGAGUGAUGAAGCAAGGUUUAUGAGCGGACAUGAUCUUAAGCUGUAUGGCGGUUUUACAGUCAUUAAUCCUUCAUUUGGCUUGUUUUCUAAAUCUUGA